AUGCCAAGGACAGCCCUGCAAGGGUCUUCGGCCGCUGGCCACACGGAAGUGGUGCGACUGCUGCUUGGGGCUGCGGCGAGUGCGAACCUGGGAGAUAAGAGCGGCUGCACACCACUGCUGGUGGCUGCACGGUCGGGAUACUCAGAAGUCGUUCCGCUUCUGGUUGAGGCCAUGAGUGAGCUGGACACGGCUGACACGGGCGGCGCGACUCCCAUGCUUUCUGCUGCACGGUGGGGACAUGCCAACGUGGUAAACGUGCUGAUGCUGGCCCGGGCUGCGCUGAACAAGGGAACUACUACUACGCCUCUGUGUGUUGCAUCCCGUUCAGGCAAUUCGGAUGUCGUGCGGCAUCUUCUAAGCGGCCGGGCCGACAUCCAUCUGGCGAACAACUUUGGCUCCUCGCCUUUGCUUCUUGCAGCCGCACAUGGCAGGACCGAGGUUGUCAAGCAGCUGGUGGCUGCUGCGGCAGACUGCAAGCAGCGGAACGAGGAUGGAUUCUCCCCGUUUCAGGUGGCCUCUCGAGGCGGCCAUCGCGACGUAAUGCACUUGCUCAUGCAAGGGUCGGAUACAUGA